GAGCGCCGGGAAUCUUUCCUUCCCUCUCUUUCUUGAAAGCUGCUUCCGGUUUUUGCUGCCAUGUUCCUUUUUUGGAAGGGGGAGGGCAGGCUCGGCUCGCCAGCAGCAUAAAAGCAGGCAACCCGGGGGAAAGGGGAAGGGAACCGGCCCGACACGGACUGACCCGGGACGUGGGAGGGGGCGCGUGCGCGGUCCGGGCGCCGAGAUUUCCCUUUGGGCAGCAAGAGGAGCCCAAGCAGACACUCGAGUCCCAGCCGGGCGUGGACUUGCUCCGUGGACAUCCCUCCUCCAGCCCGCUCCAAGUUGCAAUCGUCCUCUCCAGCCAUUCGCCGGGAAGAAGGGGCCGGCGGGGCGGUCUAAUCAGUAGACAGGCUGAAGUGCGUCCGGGAAAGGCGGCGAGAGACCCCCCGCCCCCGCCCAUUCGCUGGCUGGCUCCGCACAAAGCCCGGCGCGCCGCUUCCUCGCUCCUCCUCCUCCUUCCAGUUCGUGCGCCGGGAUGAGCCAGCCGGAGAGCGCCUGAGCUCCUCGGCGCUCUCCAGCCCCGCGCUCCCACUCUCCCGUCGGGGAUCGUGCACUGCCCUCUGCUCCGCCAGCGAGGAGAGACGGAGGAGACCGCCGCCCGCCCGCAUCUGCCUGUCGGAGGCUGCAGGGAGAAGGAGGCGAUCCGAAGAUUCUCAAAGAGCUGCACUGGACUGAUCUUCUGCCACUCUGUCUGCUAUAGAAAGGCUGUCUCCUGACAGAACUAACUUGGAUCAUGGGGAGCAGUAAAAGCAAACCCAAAGACCCCAGUCAGCGGAGACGCAGCAUGGAAUCCACAGAGAAUAUCCACGGGGGCUGCUCAGCAUCACAAACUCCCAACAAAACCUCUGUCCUGGAUGCCCACCGGACUCCCAACCGCCUGCAUGGCAGCACCACUCCAGAAACAAAGCUCUUUGGGGGCUCAAAUACAUCCAGUAUGGUCACCUCUCCUCAGCGCUGUGGGGCCCUAGCUGGUGGAGUCACGACAUUUGUGGCCCUGUAUGAUUAUGAGUCCCGGACAGAAUCAGAUCUUUCAUUCAAGAAAGGCGAACGCCUCCAAAUCCUCAAUAACACGAGAAAGGUCGAUGUCAGCAGUCAGAUCUGGUUCAGAUUCAAAGGGCUCCAAAGGGAAGGAGAUUGGUGGCUGGCUCAUUCCCUCACUACUGGUCAGAAAGGCUACAUCCCCAGUAACUAUGUCGCACCCUCAGACUCCAUCCAGGCUGAAGAAUGGUAUUUCGGCAAGAUCACCCGCCGAGAGUCUGAACGGCUACUACUCAAUCCUGAGAAUCCCCGAGGGACCUUCCUGGCCAGAGAGAGUGAGACAACAAAAGGUGCCUACUGCCUCUCCGUCUCUGAUUUCGACAACGCCAAGGGCCUCAAUGUCAAACACUACAAGAUCCGCAAGCUGGACAAUGGCGGCUUUUACAUCACCUCACGCACACAGUUCAGCAGUCUUCAGCAGCUGGUGGCCUAUUAUUCUAAGCAUGCAGAUGGCUUGUGCCACCGUCUCACCAAUGUCUGUCCAACCAGCAAGCCUCAGACGCAAGGCCUGGCAAAGGAUGCCUGGGAAAUCCCUCGGGAGUCGCUGCGGUUAGAGGUGAAGCUUGGGCAAGGCUGUUUUGGAGAAGUGUGGAUGGGCACCUGGAAUGGUACCACUAGGGUGGCCAUCAAGACUCUGAAGCCCGGGACGAUGUCCCCAGAAGCAUUUCUGCAAGAGGCUCAGGUUAUGAAGAAACUCCGCCAUGAGAAGCUAGUGCAGCUGUAUGCGGUGGUUUCAGAGGAGCCCAUCUAUAUUGUGACAGAAUAUAUGUGCAAAGGGAGCCUCCUGGAUUUCUUGAAAGGUGAGAUGGGCAAAUACCUGAGGUUGCCCCAACUGGUGGACAUGGCAGCUCAGAUUGCAUCUGGCAUGGCGUAUGUGGAGAGGAUGAACUAUGUUCACCGAGAUCUGCGGGCUGCCAACAUCCUUGUAGGUGAAAACCUGGUGUGCAAAGUGGCUGACUUCGGAUUGGCUCGACUGAUUGAGGACAACGAAUACACAGCUAGGCAAGGUGCUAAGUUCCCUAUUAAGUGGACUGCCCCGGAAGCAGCUCUCUAUGGUCGGUUCACCAUCAAGUCAGACGUGUGGUCCUUUGGGAUAUUGCUGACUGAACUGGCCACGAAGGGCCGGGUGCCAUAUCCAGGUAUGGUGAACCGAGAAGUGCUAGACCAAGUGGAGCGUGGCUAUCGAAUGCCCUGCCCUCCGGAAUGCCCAGAGUCUUUGCAUGACCUGAUGUGCCAGUGUUGGAGAAAGGAUCCUGAAGAAAGGCCUACCUUUGAAUACCUACAGGCUUUCUUGGAGGACUAUUUCACAUCCACAGAGCCUCAGUAUCAGCCAGGCGAGAACUUAUAGAUGUAGGAGUGGAAUUUGGUGCCAAAGACGUUGCCCUGUUCCUUGGGCACAUGUGUUUUGGGAGACACUUUGAGAAGACAUACCAGGAGGUCUCCAGAGCACCCACCAGGGCUGUGUCUUCAUUUGGAAGAAAUUUGGCCUUCCUUUCAGAGAUGGUCCUAGGCCUUUCGUUAACUGAGAAUAGCCCCGGGUGCUGUAUUUGUUCAAUAAAGGCCUGAUUGACAGGUCACGGAUAAACCAAGUGUCACAGUUUUCCAUCUCAUUGUGGAAUUCGCUGUGGUGCAGCAGACAGGGUUUUUGAAGAAAAAGCAGAGUCUUUCCGGGGGAGACGUAAUGGACAUGCAGCAUUUAGGAAGCCAAGUGAAAACCAGGGAUCCCAUUCCCCAGGCCCGUCCACUUUCUUCAGCUUGUCCUCUCUCCAAGACCACACUUUGGGACAAUCAGAAGCAAUGACUACCCCGCCUCGGACAGCGAUAAAGGCUGCUUUGCAGUCUCUGUGACUUCUGAGCUUUGGGCUCAUCUGCGAUUAAUGGGAAUAGCCACGUGAUAGAAUGAUGCCUUUUGGAUUUGUAUAGCUUCCAUUCUCUUUUCUGUCUAAACCAGCACAAUUUCCCCUUCACCCUUUUUCAUACCACUCCCCUCAGCCCAGAACUAGGAUUGACCGGGUCAGGCCAGGGUGAAUUGUACCCUACCUGUGUUCGGACACUUGAUGUUUCCAUGUAUUUGUGAUUAGGCAGCUGUGCCACGGUCAGCCUUGGUCUUCCCUUGGCGUGGCUGCAGUGGCAGAUGUUAGGCACGUAGAAAGUUUUGUUGGUUGUGAUGGGCUAGUCUGGGGAACUGGCAGGCUUUGGGUUGGGUGGGUCUCUGCCUCCUGCGGAGUUAUUGAAGAAUGAAAGGAAAUUUUUGAAGGGUCCCGCUUGGCUUGACCAAAAUUUGAAUUUUUGAAGCUUGUGGAUCCGGUGAUGAUGUGUUCAUUCUUCAGGAUGAUGCUUAGAUCUUGGACUGCAGGCUUGUCUUCCAGUUUAGUGUUUCCAUCCAAUAAAGAGAGCCUGUUAAGACCAGUUAUUUUUAGGCCUGCUACUGGAUCCUCAGUCCCUCUUUCCUUUCUCAUUCCUUGCUGCCAAUCCCUUGGUGGUUUUUGUAGCUAACUUCCCUCCUGGGCCAUCCUCGUCUUCUGCAUAUCCUUUGAAGAACCCACCAAGCUCGCGGAUCUUCUCCUUCCCGCAUGGAUGCAUCUCAUUUGGCACCCAGUCAGAAGCUCCUCAGUGCCUCAGAAGAGCAUAGUACUGUGGCUGGGUAAACCUCAGCUGAACAAACGGUUCUGCAAGCCCAGAUCAUUGAAGUGGAUGCAAAUCUGGUCAAGCAGGGUAAAGGGACCAUGCAGAGUUUCGUUGUCUUAGCCAUAAAAUAAUGUACCUUUUCAGAUGAUUCAGUGCUCAGAUUAUCUGCUGAUUUGCAGCCUCCCAUUCCCUCCCACCCUCCCCACAACUAGUCCGUAUGGUUGUGCCACAUGGGGUAGUAGAUUCCAGCAAAGUGAAGUGAAUAAAACCCAUAGAGCUCUACAAAGCCUGGAGUCCUAGACUGGCUUCUCUGGGCAUUUGCCAUCUUGGGGAUGAAUUUGCCAUCAGCUGUUUCACAUCAAAAGCUGAUCCCAGGCUCCUUAUCUAGUAAGCACAUUUCAGAGUCUACAAGCUCCUUGCGCUGUGUAAUUUUUGAAGAAAUCAAACUUUCUCUUUUUUAAACCUAGUGUCUAGUCUCUGUUGUCCAGUGGAUGCAAAUCAUACCAAAUGUUAUUGAUUUCCCCCCCUCAUCUCUUUGAAGCUCUUCUGGCCAAAGUAGUGAGCAAGAGGAAAGGAGAGCAGUGUUUCACACAUUACAGACUACAGCUGCAUACUUCUUUUCUUGGACACUCUAAUUUUUUUUUAAACAAAAGGAACUUUUGAGGCUAAGAAUUUCAGUGGAGGAACUGGGGCUGGUGAUGGGGAGAUGAUUUGCUUCACCCUUUCCCUUAUGGAUGUGUUUCCAUUCAAAAUUAUCCUUCCCAACUUGCUUUUCACUCCACAUGAAGAAGUAGUGAAGGGAAAGGGUUAUAAGUACCCGUAAUCUAGGAUACAAGAGUUGGAAGAAAUCUGUAAGAUAAAGGAUUAAGCUCUCUCUCUCUCUCACACACACACCCUUUCAGGUUUUUCUUUACUGAAAAGUCAGAUGCAGUUGCAGGGAACAUGCAGUUUGGUCCUCAGAGUCCUUAUUUGCUGGCCUCUCUCUGUCAGUCCCUUGUUUUCUUUGAAUUCUGCAGGAAGGAACUUUCCAUGCCAGAAUCCAUCCUGCUGUGUCAGAAGCUGUUCAAACAGCCACUGGCAUCGAAGCAGCUGGUUGUUGCUUACUUUCGAGCUUGUGCAUACCCAGCAGAAAUCAACCUUAGCCAAUCUUGUCCUGUGUGAAAAAGGAAACGAGAAGCCACAAUCUGUCUUUCAUUAGAAUAUGCAAUGCAUCGCUCAUUUCUUAAAUGCCCCAAACCAUCCCCUCUGGCAGGAAAAAGAGCAAGAAAAUGGUGGCAGGAUGGAGAUCUGGGUACCAGUUUGUGGAGCCCCAGGCAGCUGGUGUUGUGACGACUUUGCUUGCUGACUCUCUUCUAGGCAGAGGAGCAAAACAGAAAGUGCAGUUAGCUUGUUUGUUAGAUGAGAGUGUGUAGAACAGGGAGUCUUGACCCUGAGGGCAGAUGGAGGGAUGGUGUGGGGCAUGCUGGGAAAGGCCUGAGAUGCACCCCAGGAAAUGGCAUGAGAAUCCAGACUCUGAGCCAUCUGUAGUUCUCUGGGACAGCUCUGCAGAAAGAAGUGGGUGUGCCCAUCAAGUGAGGCUGAAGGGGUGUUUUAAAAUCAAUACUGUUACAGCUGCAUCUUGAGCAGAAAAAUUCUCAGUAAAGUGAAAUGUGGACCAUUGGGAA